AUGCUUGCGCACCCGCGCCACCCGCACCCGCUCCCUUCGUCGUCGUCGUACCCGGCCGCCGCCUCGUCGACCCGCCCUCCUCUCCCCCUCUCGCGCUCGUCCACUUCGCUCGCUCCACAGCAGACCCGCGCACCACUCCGACAGCCUCGAACAGCACCGGCCUACCCGCAGUCGACCGUCGCCGACCGCCCUCCUCCCGCCAUGGCCGCUCUUCCUCCUCCUCGACCCGCUCAAGGUUCAACGAUCCCUCCCUCGGACAAGGAGAACGCCCACCCGGUCGACCCAGCCGCACCCGCACCCGCCCCCAAGGACAAGGGCAAGGACCCGCAGCCCAAGGACCGCGCAAAGCUCACCCAGCAGUGGGGCGAGCCCCCGACCCGCAUCCGCCGCGACCACUCGUGGCUCGACCGGGGCGACCUCCUCGGCGAGGGCGGCUUUGCGCGCGUCUACCUGUGCACUGAGCCCGACGGCGUCUCGUACAAGGCCCUCAAGGUCAUCGACAAGCGCCAGCUCAAGUCGACAAAGACCAAGUCCAAGCUCUUUGCCGAGAUCAAGAUCCACCAGGCCAUGCAGCACCCCAACAUCAUCGCGUUCGAGUCGUGCUUCGAAGACGAUGGCAACGUCUACAUGCAGCUCGAGCUGUGCUCCAACGGCUCCCUCCUCGACCUCCUCCGCGUGCGCAAGCGCUACUCGGAGCCCGAGGCGCGCUUCUACCUGACGCAGCUCGUCGGCGCGUGCGACUACAUGCACGCCAACUCGGUCAUCCACCGCGACCUCAAGCUCGGCAACCUCAUGCUCGACAGCAACAUGGACCUGCGCGUCGGCGACUUUGGCCUCGCCGCACUCGUCAAGUUCCCCGGCGAGCGCAAGAAGACCAUCUGCGGCACGCCCAACUACAUCGCGCCCGAGAUCCUGUUCGACUCGAAGGGCGGCCACUCGUUCGAGGUCGACAUCUGGAGCAUCGGCGUCAUCCUGUACACACUCCUGAUCGGCCGUCCGCCGUUCCAGACCAAGGACGUCAAGAACAUCUACCGCAAGAUCCGCGACAACGCGUACACGUUCCCUGCCGACCACGCCCUCUCGCCCGAGUCGCUCGACCUGAUCUCGUGGAUCCUCAACCCGACGCCGACCUCGCGGCCGUCGCUCGCCCAGAUUCUCGCCCACCCGUGGUUCGUCACGGGACCGUUCCCGGCGCGCGUCAGCUCGCGCGCGACCGACCCGAGCCGGGUCGACGGCGUGCUCGACGAGUGGAGGAGGAUGAGCAAGCGCAGCGCGGCCGACAACUUUCGCAGGUGCAAGCGCCGCGCGGGCAUCGUCGAGGUCGAGGGCCCGGUCGCGUCGUCCUCGGGGCAGCGCCACGCGCACGCGGCGCCCGAGAUGGUGAGCCAGGCGCUGCCCGUCGUCGUCGAGGCGCCCGAGUCGGAGCCCGAGCGCGAGCCCGAGCGAGAGGCGACGGCGGCGGCAGCGGUCGAGGAGGAGCAGCCGAGGCGGCCGACGAGGAUGCUGCGCCCGAGCGAGGAGCGCGACGCCAAGGGCCGGGUCGAGAAGGAGGUUCGGCACGCGACGGCGCCCGAGAGCCCGAUCAGCGAGCUCCUGCGCUCGGCGCGCAAGCCCCUCAUGGUGUCGCCCUCGUCGCGCGCCGCCCUCCCCUCUCGCCCGUCGGUCCGCUCGCGCCUGUCCGCCUCUGCCUCGACCGCCCAGCCCUCCUCUUCCGCCUCCUCGUCGUCCGCCAUGCCUCCCUCCUCUUCUGCCGCGGCAGCCGGCCCGUCCUCGAGCGCGCACGCACCGCCGCCGCAGCAGCCCGCCUUCCAGCGCACCCGCACGACGAGCGCGCCGACCGCCUCGUCGUCGUCUUCCGCAGCGGCGGCUACGCUGCCCGUACGGCACCGUCGUGCGCCCGCUCAGGCGCAGCUCGACGCGCCCGAGCCUGCGCGGGCGCUCGCACCCGUCUCGGCGCCCGGGCCCUCGACGACGACGCACCCGUCGCACUCGCUGUACGACACGGCGUGGCACACGCUCGACGCGUUCCUCGGGUGCUCGUCGGCGGCCGACGUCGCCGUCGCCGCUGCGUCGCUCGACGAGCGCGAGGUGGACGACGAGGACGGGCGCCCCAAGGUCUUCAUCACGAGCUGGGUCGACUACACGCACAAGUACGGCACGGCGUACAGCCUGACGGACGGCACGGCGGGCCUGUACUUCAACGACUCGACGACGAUGGUGCUCAGCCCGGACAAGGAGCACUUUGACUACAUCGCCAACCGCCAGUCGAACAUCUACACGCGGCGGCACCACGCCCUGAGCGCCGUCCCUGCCGCGCUCGAGCGCAAGGCGUACCUCCUGCGGUACUUCGAGGACUACAUGGCCAAGACGCUCACGCGCGACGUCGAGUGGACCUACGACGACGUCGAGCGCACCAAAAACAUGGAGUUCCUCGUCAAGUACUACCGCAUGAAGAGCGCCAUCGUCUUCAAGAUGAGCAACGACGUCCUCCAGUUCAACUUCUACGACCACCACAAGCUCAUCCUGUCGCACUCGGGCCGCGUCGUCACCUUCAUCUCGCCCUCGUUCACCCUCACGACCUACUCGCUCGCGGCCCUCUUCCGCCUCGCCGUCUCGGCCGGCCACUACGCGCACUCGUCGCACUCGUCGCAGCACGAGAGCAGCACGGCGGCGAACGAGCGCGCCGCACGCCUCGCCGAGGUCCGAACGCUCCUCGGCAAGGUCGAGUACGUGCGCGACGUGCUCAAGACGCUCGCGCAGCGCAAGUCGAGCAGCUCGACGGCGGCGGCGGCGGCGGCAUCGGGCUCGGCGGGCGCGCAGAGGGACGGCGGGCGGGUGCGCGCAGAGCGAGCGUAG